CUCCAACAAGAAUUGGCCCGACAUAAUAACCGCUUUCUACAACAACAACAAAUGCCGACGACCAUUGACGAAGAGGAGCUUGAGGAUGAAGAUGCGGAGGAAUUGGAACCGGAGACGGCCGAGGAGGAGGGUGCCGGCAGCCACGACGCCGACGCGCCUGCCUCAUCCCAAACCGCCACCGUUGAUUUUGAAGAAAAUGAUGACUUUGACGUUCUAGACUGGUGGAAGUCAAAAGAAAGAACGUUCCCGAUUUUAGCACGGAUGGCUAAGCAAGUACUAUCAAUGCCGGUUUCAACAGUUGUUGUGGAACAAGAAUUUAGUUCGGCCGGCAACGUCCUAACGGCAUCUAGAUCGAGAUUGAGCGCGGAGUCUCUUGAGACGCUUAUAUGCUACCACGAUUGGUUGAAGGCCGCACGUAGAACUCAAGAAUUGAGCAUCACCCCCUCCCAAAAUUUUAUGGAUGACUCAACAACCGAUGGUGGCUCUACCUAUGCCGGAGAUUCCGAUUGAUUA